UUCUCAUGACUGCCAUGUGGAUCUCUAUAUUUGCCUUAUGUUCUUUGUUAUCAGCUCUCUAUUCGAUGACGAUUACCCAUAAACCCAUGGAGAAGUUUAGCUACGGUUUGGCUCGUGUCCCAGUUCUAGCAGUUUUUAGUACCACGGUGCUGGCGCAACUCUUCUCGAUCUUCUUAUCAAAAGAAUCUUUUGAGCAUUUACUCUCUCCCGAACAUCAGGGCUCCCACGAACCCUCCACCAGUGCACAUGAACAUGAAGUGGAAAGCAUUGGUGGUUGGCCGUAUUUCGUUGGUGCUGGAGCUUCUUCAAUAGCUCUCUUGUUAUCUGCAUAUGCUUUGAAAAAUCAGCCAUUUAAUCAUGUUUUGACUGCAUCGAGCAGUUCCAGUUUGCAGGAACACGCUGCUGAUAUUUGUCAUGCUAUAUGUUGGGUUAUCCCUGGUUUAUCCAGACUUCUCCUUCCACGUAUCAACUCUAUGGUUUUACUGGCAUCAGUUACCAGCUGUUUGCUCAUUCUUUGUGAACAGUUCAGACAUGAUUUCGCUUGGGCCGAUCCAGUAUGCUGCUUAGUUUUAUGUAUUGCUGUUUUCUCGACUAUGUGGCCGUUAUCGUCUUAUACAGGAAUGAUACUUUUGCAAACGGCACCGCCUCAUCUGUUAAAUCAAAUUGAUAGGUGCAUUUCUGAGGCAUCUACUAUCGACGGUGUUCUUGAAAUUCGCUCCCGUCAUUUUUGGCAAUUGGAUUUUGCACAAUUGGUUGGCACUGUAGAUGUAAGAGUUCGGCGAGAUGCGGACGAACAAAAUGUGUUGACUUUAGUUACUGACAAAAUGUCAUCUGUUGUUAGCAUGCUUACGGUGCAGAUUGUCAAAGACGCCGCAUGGAAUAUGGAAGGAAUGAACUCGGUCCAUUCCGAGAGCCACAUGAACGCUCAUGACGAUGGUCACGGCCAUGGACACAGUCAUGAUCACGAACAUGAUCAUGGCGAUGGUGGUAAGAAGAUUAAAUCUAUUUUUUUGCUUAUUGGGACAUACAGUCCAUUUUAUCAUGAACUUUGUAUAGUCGUAGCAUGUACUAAACUGCAAAGGACACAAGCAAUUGUAGCGUUUAUAAUCAACCGUUCGAGUCACGGACACUCACAUAACGUAAAUGAUCAUGGACAUGGACACUCACAUGGUUCUGCCCCUCAUCUGGAUGCUCAUAUUCCCAACUAUGUUGCAAAUGUCCAACAUUUCAAUAUUAAUCCUUUAAAUCCACAAGCUUACAGUAAUCCACCCGCUUACCCCACAGCUCACGGUCAUUCUCAUGACGGAGUGACCUACCAUUGAUU